UGUUCUCGUGUUUUUCUCCUGCCAUUGUUGAACAGAAGGAACAAACGAUGGAAGCUCGCACUCUCUUCAAACCCCUUAAACCCUUCAAUCUCAAUCGUAUCAAAUUCAUUCGCAUCCGAUUCUCUUCCAAUUUUUCAUCUACCAGAAUCCACACAGGUGGAGAUAGAAUGACUAAAAGAGCAUAUGAUGGAUUGCUAUUAGACGCCGGGGGCACUCUCUUGCAAUUAGCGAAGCCAGUUGAAGAAACUUACUUAACAAUUGGCCAAAAAUAUGGUUUGAAAACCACAGUAGCUGAUAUAAAGCAAGGUUUUAAAAGAGUUUUUUCGGCUCCAUGGCCAGAAAAACUCCGAUACCAGGGUGAUGGUAAGCCAUUUUGGAGACUUGUUGUUUCAGAUGCCACUGGUUGCGACAGUGAUAAUUAUUUUGAAGAAGUAUACAAGUACUAUGCAAAUGGUGAUGCAUGGCAUCUUCCAGAUGGAGCCUAUGAAACAAUGUCCCUUCUGAAAGAUUCUGGAGUUAAACUGGCUGUUGUUUCCAAUUUUGACACCCGCUUGAGGAAGCUACUUAAGGAUCUGAAUGUGUUAGAUCUGUUUGAUGCUGUCAUCAUAUCCUCAGAGAUUGGAUAUGAAAAACCAGACGAAAACAUAUUUAGAGCUGCGUUGGAUCAAAUCUCUGUAGAUGCCAGCAAAGCAGUUCAUGUUGGAGACGAUACAAAGGCUGACAAAGCAGGGGCUAAUGCCGUUGGGAUUGAUUGCUGGUUAUGGGGUGUUGAUGUCAAAACCUUUGCAGAUAUACAAAAACGCAUCCUUUUGCCGGAACCAUAAAUUUUGAGGAUGUAGACAUUGCAGUUCAGUAAUUAUUCUUGGUGCUAUUUCCUUGGCGGAUUUUAUAUUCAUGGCCUUGUUCUUAUCUUAUGAGUUUUUGACAUGCACAACGAAAAACGCUAUGUUUGGUAAAUGCAUUAGGACAUACAAUAAGCAAGAUUUUGUCAAAUUUUUCUGGGACUGCAUCUGUACACUCCACUCUUUUGAUUGAGCCAUCAAAAAUCCAGGGAAUUUGAAAAUACAAUGGUGUUGGACUAAAUCUUGUUCAAGUUUA